AUGUGGACUGACGAUCAAUUGCGCUUACUAAUCGAUGAAAGAAGAAACCGAAAUGCUGAGUACUACGAUAUUCCUGGAAGUAGUAGAGUGAAUUUUUGGAAUACUAUCGCAAAUAUAAUCAACGAACGAUUUGGGGGCACUUAUACAGGACAACAAUGUAAUAAUAGAUUUAAAAAUCCUGCCUUCUCAGUCAAUGACCUCGAAGCCAGAUAUAUACAGUUAGCAGAUAUUAAUAAAGUUAUGGGGUUUUAUAUGCGGAAUCAUGUGGAUGAGUCGUCUGCUGUAUUAUUAUGCCAUAAUUUUGACUUACCACGUUAUGUAAUAGGUUAUAUUGUUACGCGACGUCUUAUGACUGAACUAAAGCUACAAGUGACCUAA